AUGGCUUCUCUGGCAGCCAGGGCGACCCAAGUGAAGAUGUUGAGGAGAAUGUCAUGUUUCUCGACCUCAAUCGCUUCUCGUGUACUGAGCACCCGUGCGACCUCUUACACACUUAAUACCGGCGCGAAAAUCCCGGCGCUUGGAUUCGGUACUUUCCAAGAUCACGACUCCCAAGAAGACACUGUUAGCCUAGCAUUGCAAAAGGGCAUGCGUCUUAUUGAUACAGCACGGGUCUACGAUGUAGAAGAGCAGGUUGGAAGGGGAGUCAAGAAAAGCGGAAUUCCACGCGAAAAUAUUUUCAUCGGCACAAAGUUAUGGUGCAAUGAUUAUCAUCCAGACGAUGUAGAGCGCGCCGUGGAUGAUUCCCUUCGAGACUUAGACACCCCAUAUGUCGAUCUUCUAUUAAUGCAUUACCCGUGCACUUUUAAGCGCGGUCCUGACCGAUUCCCCAGAGAUCUCGAUGGCAGAAUGGUUGCAGGCGAGACAACGUUUCUGCACACGUGGAAAGCGAUGGAGAAAGUGACUAAAACCGGCAAGGUCAAGGCAAUUGGAGUAUCGAAUUUCAGUCGUGGCGAAAUUAAUAUUCUAAUCAAUGAAUCCUCUACGGUCCCGGCCGUCCACCAGAUGGAGGUCCACCCCUACCUACAGCAAAAAGGGUUUAACGAGUGGCUUCAGGCAAGGGGAAUCCACGUUGUCCAGUUUAGUCCACUCGGCAAUAUGAACGACUUUUACAGACAGACCGGAUGGUCAAAAGAAAUUUCGCACAUGAUGCGGGUCAUCGAUCAGCCGAUUCUGAAGGAGAUUGGUCAGAAGUAUGGCAAAAGCCCUGUUCAAGUAGUACUUGCGUGGGGUAUCAACAGCGGCCGUUCCGUCAUCCCUAAGAGUGUGGUUGACUGGCAAAUCGAGGAAAAUCUGGCCGCCCACUUUGAGUUGCAGCCUGAAGAUAUGGCCCAAAUAGCAACGCUGGAUGCGAAGGCCCGAUUCAAUGAUCCCAGCUUGGACUACGAAUGGCGUUUGUACGGUGACUUGGAAGGAAUUGACGGUACUAUAAGGGGUAAAACGCACUAA